GAGAUGCACGUGUGUGUCGAUGGAUCUACCAUGGAUGGUUACCUGAACAGAGAGAGAGAGAGAGGUAGGAAUUGAUCUACAAAAGAGAAGCUCUUGAACGGAAGAAGAAGAAGAAGAUCGUGGAUCUGCAUGUGGAAACAAAGGUGUCCGAUGCUUUGACGAAGUCGUUCUAUAAGAGAGGCUCACCGGCGUGCUCUGCCGAUGGAGCUCAUGUGAAAGCUCGAAGGCGUUCGGUGAGUAGACCACGUCCUCUGCCAUUUUCCCAGUAGCAGCAGAGGUUGCAGAGGCGGAGAAUUCAGCAAUGGAAGAGCACGCUUUCUUCGACCUCACCGUCUCGUUCGACGAAGCCUCAGCCGUUCUCUUCGGCAUCGCCUGGGACGCCCUGCCGAACCAGAUCGGGUUGCUGUGGAUGUGGGUGAGAGGGCGUGUGGUGGUGCCACUGGUGAGAAUCGCAGUAGUCCUGUGCUUGGUCAUGUCGAUCAUUCUGCUGAUCGAGAAGGUGUCGAUGGCCCUCGUGAGCCUCUACGUGAAGGUCUUCCGCCGGAAGCCGGAGAAGAUCUACAAAUGGGAACCGAUUCAGGCCGACGAGGAGCUGGGAAGCUCAGUGCAUCCCAUGGUGCUCGUCCAAGUCCCCAUGUUCAAUGAGAGAGAGGUCUACAAGCUAUCCGUGGGAGCUGUAUGCAGCCUAUCAUGGCCACCUGACCGUCUCAUCAUCCAAGUGCUCGAUGAUUCUACCGAUCUAGCGAUUCGGGAAAUGGUGCGGAGUGAGUGCGAGAAAUGGAUCAGAAAGGGGAUCACUGUGCAUUACAUCUCGAGAGACAACAGGAACGGGUACAAAGCAGGGGCGAUGAAGGAGGCGAUGGAGAUCGACUACGUGCGGCAAUGCGACUAUGUCGCCAUCUUCGACGCCGAUUUCCAGCCUGCUUCCGACUUCCUCGUGAGAACAGUCCCUUUCCUGAUGCACAACCCUGAGAUCGCUCUCGUCCAAGCUCGCUGGAAGUUCGUGAACGCUGAUGAAUGCUUGAUGACGAAGAUACAAGAGAUGUCACUGAACUAUCAUUUCAAGGUCGAACAACAAGCUGGUUCAUCAACAAUCGAGUUCUUCGGUUUUAAUGGAACUGCCGGAGUAUGGCGAAUCUCUGCAAUGGUGGAGGUUGAAGGGUGGAAGGAAAGAACAACCGUGGAAGACAUGGAUUUAGCAGUUCGAGCAAGUCUUGCAGGAUGGAAGUUCUUAUACGUCGGCAAUGUCAAGGUCAAGAAUGAGCUACCGAGCACCUUCAAAGCAUAUCGUUUUCAGCAGCACCGGUGGUCUUGUGGACCUGCAAAUCUGUUCAAGAAGAUGGCCGUGGAGAUCAUCACUGCCAAGAAAGUGUCCAUGGUGAAGAAGUUCUUCAUGCUCUACAACUUCUUCUUUGCUCGGAGAGUGAUAGCUCACAACGUCACCUUCUUCUUCUACUGCAUGAUUAUUCCGCUGUCCUGCUUCUUCCCCGAGAUCCAAAUUCCCAAAUGGGGAGUCAUUUACAUUCCCACAGCCAUCACUCUUCUCAGCGCAGUCGCCACUCCAAGCUCCAUUCACUUGAUCAUCUUCUGGAUACUGUUCGAGAACGUCAUGUCAUGGCACCGGUGCAAAGCGGUCUUCAUCGGCCUCACAGAAGCCAACCGAGUGAACGAAUGGAUCGUCACCGAGAAAUUAGGAGACACGAUGAAGACGAAACCAGCAGCUACUGCAGCAGCACCCAAGAAAUCCAAGACCAAGUGCUGGGAGAGGAUCCAGUUUGACGAGAUUGGCAUUGGGGCCUUCCUCGUGGCCUGUGCGACCUACGAUUUUGUACAUAACACCGAUCGAUACUUCAUCUACAUUUACCCUCUGGCCUUGUCCUUCAUCCUCAUGGGAGUCGGCUACGCCGGAACCUUCGUCCCCGGCGGUGGGAAGUAGGUGAGGCGAGGAGCAGAACACCCAUGGUCGUCAACGAAUCGGUCCACCAUUAAGAUUUGCGCAGCUCCUAUCUUCCGGUCGAGGUUUCAAGAGUUGUACCUGCAGGUGUGAUGGAAGACCGGGAGCUUCUCGCCAUGGCAGCAUCAACUGAAGCAACACCUGCAGAUGUUAAUGGUGUAAAUGUAUUGGUUUGUAUGUGAUUCUGCGUAUUAUUUUGUCGAGUCAAAUAAAAAGGAAAGAUUUAACGUGCU